UAUAUAUAUAUAUAAUUACGAAUAACUUUUUUAUUUUAUUUACUGAUAAAAUUACUUUAAAACAUGAAACCCGGAGGAUGUUCAAUCACAUAGAUGGAAAUUCCUUCUCAAAUAACUUGGAGGACUUUGAUUCAAUCCGCACUGUUCUACUUUACAGUGACCUGGAACCAGAAUGGCUGGAUGACAUUCAGAAGAACGGGGAACUUUUCUACCUGGAGCUAAGUGAGGGAGAGGAAGAGGCGGCGUUGGCCCGUGUUGCAACCAACCAGUGUUUAUCCACCAACCACGUCCGCUUCAGUGAAAAGGAGGCAGAGGUCAUCACAGAACAGACUAACACAGAGAGACGCGGCUCGCGGAGGAAAGGCGAGCCUGCGCUCAAAAAGCUUGCUAGGAUCCUGGGGAGGAAACGGCGUUCCUCUCAGAGGAAAGGAGGGAAGGAUGGCAGUAGAGGCAAAUCAACUUCAUCACCUCCAGCUUCCAUCCUAAAGAAUCAGCCAGGCCAGCAACAGGGUGUGACUGUUCACCAGCGACGACUGAAGGAAGUGUGUGUCUAUUUAAACCCUAAACGCCUGGCGAGUUCGCCAACACCACUGUGUGACAGAGGAGGACUGCUGGAAGCACUCCUGGGGGUGGUACAUCGUCCUGCCUGGACUGAAGUUCAGAAAGACCAGAGCGCUGUCCAACAGGAGGGUAGACUGACUGUCCAAGGGUUAAUACCAAACAGUCCAGCUAUAAAAUGCGGUCAGAUAUUAAUUGGCGAUGUGCUUCUAGCAGUGGACGACGUUGAUGUGACUUCUGAAAACAUCGAGAGGGUUCUGUCCUGCAUCCCGGGACCAACACAGGUGAAGCUAACGUUGGAGACGGUGGAUUUAGUAGAUAAAGGGGGUCCCAGCGACCCCUCUACAGCCCAUAUGAUGAAGACCUCUCCACCUGCGAGCCAGCUGGUGCGUUUGUUGUGGGGGGAGGACAUGGCUGAGCUCCAGAUGGCCAUAGGAGACAUCCCCCAUAUUGUCAUGUACCUCUCACUGAAACUAGACUCAGCAUCUCUGCAGGAGGAGGAGGAAAUCCUAUACCAGUAUCCGACGUCUGAAGCGUCCAGCCAGCUGAAAGGAGUCAGAGGCAUCUUCCUUACUCUGUGUGACAUGCUGGAGAACGUCACAGGCGGCCAGAUCAUCAGUUCGUCUCUGUUGCUCAGGAAACAUCUGGUUCACGUUGGCUACUGGAAGGAGCACAAUAACCUGCUGGUCGUCGGCCUUCCUGCUGAGAGGGUUCCUCUGCUAUCUCUGCAGACGGUGGUUGGUGAUGUGGUGCGGACGUUAAAACUGAUGUACGGCUCCUUGGACAGCGCAUUCUGUAAGGUGGACCACGCUCCCAGGUUGGACCAUUUCUUCUGCUUGUUCUUCCAGCAGCUCAUCCAGCCUUGGCGCCUGAUGGAAGGCACCUCCCCCUUUUCGCCGGAUGUGUCAGGGAGCCUCUUUCUGGAUGGACUUCCGGCUGUCCAAUGGCUCACUUUGCCGCCUGAAAUAAAGAUGGAGGUGGACACAGUUCUCUCUGAUUUUGAGUCCUCUGACUUUGGAGAAAUGUCCGAGGACUUCUUUGGCCUGCGGCGUCUUUAUGUUAUACUCGGCUCCUGUUUGUUCUAUAAGUCCUACCUGAUCGCCAACCACCUCCCUAAGGAGGACCUGCUGGACGUGUGUCUGUACUGCCAACACUUCUGCCUGCUGCCUCUGGCGUCAGAACAGCGAGUUGGUCAGCUCGUCAUCUGGAGAGAAGUGUUUCCCCAGCAGAGAGUCAACGGAGGCGUCAGCUCAGCGCCGGGCUUCACGCAGCCUCAGGGACGACACUUCCUCCUCAUAGUGGGGCUGAGGCACUUCAUGCAGUGUGUGCUGUUGGAGGCGGGGGGAUGUGCGUCUCCAGCUCUGGCUUCUCCAGGACCUGAUUGUGUUUAUGUGGAUCAGGUGAAAGCAACCCUUCUGCAGCUGGAGGCGUUGGAGGCAGGGAUGGAGGAGCGGCUCAAUAUCCCCUCCGCUCCCUGUCUGUCCUGCGCCGACUGGUUCCUCCCUGCCUCCACGACACGGGAUCGCCUCGACAGCCUGGCGUCCUCCUCCCCCGUCCUCAGCAAGCUGGCCGGGGCCAUUCGAGGGUCCCCAUCCGGGUCUAGAGGGCGCAGCCUGUUCGGCGAGAAGUCCCGCAGGUCCAGCCCACAGAGGAGCUUGUUGGACAGUGAGGUCCAAAUGGAUGCGGGGUCCGGGUCCGGUUCGUCAGGGGCUCAAAGCAUCAGCCCUCACUCCACCCCGGGUUCAGCGAGAAGGCUUGGAGGGAGGCGGGACUCUCUGGGGUCUGAUGGGAGCGGAGGCCUCUUUAAGACAUCCAGGAUGAAGCACCCAAACCCUUUCUACCUCGGCACCCUAAGGAAGACCCUGACUGAGAGGGAGACAGAGGAAAUGUACAACACCAUAAAACUGACUUCAGGUACAGAGAACACGUUGUUUCACUACAUCCUGAUGGAGGCUGUGCAGGGGAUCUUCAUCGCUCCCACUCACAGAGAAGUGGCUCAGCUCAGCGGCUCCAUCCACCCUCAGCUCAUACGCAACUUCCACCACUGCUGCCUCUCCAUACGAGCCGCCUUCCAACAGAGCCUGCCGGCCAGGGGUCGCCGUGCAGCUGAACGGCCUCAGAGGUCCGGCUGGGGUCUGGGUCCGGUUAAAGAACACGGGGUUCUGUUUCAGUGUAAGCCAGAGAACUGGACCGACCAGAGGAAGCCCGCCCCCACCAUGACUUACUGGGUCAUAGGGCGGAUGUUGCUGGAGCCGGUUCCUCAGGAGUUCUAUGUGUGCUUCCAUGACUCUGUGCCGGAAGUUCCUGUAGAGAUGGCGUUCAGACUGUCCUUCGGUUUGGCUUUAUGAUGCGUCACCCUCAUCAGGAUUGCUGAUAGAUUGAAGACAAUGAGACCAUUUCCUGCACAAUCUCAGGAUUACUGUAGAGGUUUCUGAUCCUAACAGUGAUUUCCAUCUUUAAAGGUCUUUAGUUUAAAUGGGGUUUUUUUCUGCAGAUAAGCAGUGGAGCAUGACUGAGGCUUUUUGUGUUGAUAAAUGACAAGCAGACCUCGACUUCAGUGCCUUUUUUCCCUCACCAUUAAGCCUGGUGAGCGUCUCACCCAGUGAAUACCUCCCUCCCACUAUCACCAGCUGGUUUUUGUGCUGUGAACUUGACCUAAACCAGUAAAAAGGAAAGGAUGCUGCUGCAUGAAUCUCCAGCCAGUCAUGCUAGAUUGACUUUUUUCACUUUCUGUAUGGAAAGUACUAAACAUUUAUUUUUAAUUUAAAUUUUGUAUAGUUUUAUAUGGUAAAACUGUUACAUAAUAAACACUAUUUGACAUGAAUAUAAAAUA